AUUUAUUUUUUGUUUUUUUUAUAUUCCAUAUUUUGCAUUUACCAGAUGUAUAUAUGUUUGUAUGUGCGUGUUUGUCGGGGGCACGAGCGCAGUGUGCUGUGAUGUGCUCGCGCUGAUCUGCUCGCGCGGAUCCACACUACAGCAGAGGAGCACAAUAGAGAGAGCGAACAAAAGACACGUUUAUCCGCGGAUGCGCUUCUCUCUUCCAGUUCAGCCGAGUGUUUGGAAUCACACGCGCCUGGAAUAUCGGCCCUCUGGGUCACAGACGAGGGUUUUCCAGACGGGAAGAGCCCUGUGAUCCUCAUAUCUGAGGAGAAACCGAGCAGAAGCUGGACUCCUCGCCUCUCGUGGAUGUGAUGAUGAUGAAGAUGGUGGUGGUUUAAGAGAGACUUUCGGGUGAACCUGAGAAAGGAGGCUGAUAGGAGCAGGACAGUCGAGCGGAGAAACAAGGAAGCGAUCUCUCUCUCUCUCCCUCUCGCAGGAAACAUCAAUCUAAUGCUCGAUCUAGGAGAAUGCGUCUCCACGCGAGCAGCUGAAUGCGGAGGGGAUGUCUGGCAGUAAGGCUCUGGGGGGUGCGCGGCGGCGGAGGACACGGUGCCGGCGCUGUCAGGCCUGCAUGCGGACCGAGUGUGGAGAGUGUCACUUCUGUAAGGACAUGAAGAAGUUCGGCGGGCCGGGCCGGAUGAAGCAGUCCUGUCUGCUCCGCCAGUGCACUGCGCCCGUGUUGCCGCACACAGCCGUGUGUUUGGCGUGUGGUGAAGCAGGGAAGGAGGACACGGUGGAGUCGGAGGAGGAGAAGUUCAGCCUGUCGCUCAUGGAGUGCACCAUCUGUAACGAGAUCAUCCACCCCAGCUGUCUGAAGAUGGCCAGCUCUGAAGGCAUCAUCAAUGAUGAGAUCCCAAACUGCUGGGAAUGUCCAAAGUGCCACAAGGAGGGAAAGACCAGCAAGGAUCCAGGAGAUGGUUCAGGGAAGAGGCGCCUGGACAAUGGGGAGGUGAGCCGCUGGAAGCUGACGGAUGAGCCUCCUCCCAGUAAGAAGAAGAGCCUUCCUCUGGAGGACACGGCCCGGCCGGACGGAGCCAAGCGCAGGAGGGACAGGGAUCUUCCUCAGGAGACGGCUGCCAAGAAGAAGAUCAAAGGAGCCCGUGAUAAACACCUGAAGAAGCAGAAAACCAAACCCAACUCGUCGGACUCCUCUGAAGCCAACGGGCCGAACUCUUCGUCGGGCGGCGGACACGGCUCCGGCUCAGUGCAGGCCUCGACGCCAAGCCAGGACCUGCGCUCGCAUCAGCGUGAGAAACUGGAGCGCUUCAAGCGCAUGUGCCAGCUCCUGGAGCGAGUGCGUGACUCCAGCUCCUCGUCCUCCUCCAGCUCAGAGACUGACUCUGAGUCGGACUCGGACUCUCCGUCCCCCGCGGGCGCCUCGGAGCCGUCCUCUCCGGCGUACGGCAGCGGAGCGCGCGAGCGUGAGCGGAGCCGGCGUCUGGCCGAGCUGGGCUUCAGCGCCAGCGAGGAGUCCGAGGGCGAGAGCGUGGCGGCGCAGGAGCAGGAGGACGAGCCGCAGACGCAGCGCCGCAGAGGAGACACCAGCACGCGGCAGCGGAGGACGCUUGCUGAGGCUGAGCCGGACGAUGAUGAGGAAGGCUCGGGCGACCGCGCUCACAAAGCCCUGGCCCCGUCCUCACCACUCACGGCUACGCAGCCGCCGAGCUACGGACACUUAGCGGGCCCCGAGGGCCUGUCCUCGUCCAAGCGCACCAACGGACAAGACGCACGCAACGGCCGCACGAGGGUGAGCGGCAGGGAGCUGCAGGAGAAGGAGAACUCCAACAGCAGCAGCGUCUCCAAUCACCGGCACGCCGCUGGGAAGGCCGUCCGCGGGAGCAGGGUCCGUGGAGCAGGCCGGCAGGGCCAGAGCGCUCCCUGGAACAAGAGCACAGCGACGGCCGGAUCCGGCGCAGCCAACGGCGGCUCUCACCCGGGGAGCGUCUCGCUGGCACCGCCGCGCUCACAGCUGCUGAAGAGGAGCGCUGUGGCCGUGCCCUCCCCGCCGCGCCCGCUGCAGAUGGAGCGGCACCUGGUGCGCCCCCCGCCGGCCUGCCCUGAGCCCCACUGCCUGCCGCUGGACAGCGGAGCCUCACACGUGCUGCCCCGGGACGUCUGGCUCCGCGUCUUCCAGCACCUCAGCCAGCGCCAGCUGUGCGUCUGCAUGCGUGUGUGCCGCACCUGGAGCCGCUGGUGCUGUGAUCACAGGUUAUGGACUCAGAUCGAUCUGAGCCGCCAGCGCUCCAUCACUCCUCCCAUGCUGAGCAGUAUAAUCCGUCGACAGCCCGUGUCUCUCAACCUGGGCUACACCAACAUCUCCAAGAAACAGCUCAUGUGGCUCAUUAACCGUCUGCAAGGGCUGCUGGAGCUGAACGUGGCGGGCUGCUCGUGGGCCUCGGUCUCGGCGCUCUGUCAGUCUGUGUGUCCCUGUCUGCGGCUGCUGGACCUCAGCUGGGUGGAGGAUCUGAAGGACUCGCAUCUGAGAGAGCUGCUGGCCCCGCCGACCAACGACACACGCUCAGCUCACGGAGAGAACCGCGGCGGCCGCUUCCAGAACGUGACAGAGCUGCGUCUGGUGGGCCUGGAGGUGACGGACGCCGUGUCUCGUCUGCUAGUGCGCUAUCUUCCUCACCUGAGCAAGCUGGACCUCAGCCAGUGCUGCCACAUCACAGACCAGAGCAUCCAGACGCUGACCUCUGCCCUGUCCCCGCUGCGAGAGAGCCUCACACACGUCAGCCUGGCAGGCUGUGUGAAGGUGACGGAGCAGUGUCUGCCGCUGCUGCGCCGCUGUGCCUCGCUGCAGACGGUGGACCUGCGCUCCUGCUGCCUCCUCGCUCCAGACGUCUCCCAGCUGCACUGCUUCCCCUCGGCCCCAGACAGACUCCUGCUCAAGAACAGCUAGACUCCUGCACAGGACCUUCGGACAUCACACACACUUAUUAGUUCUGGAUCAACCAUUUGUGAAUGGAGAGAUCAAGUCCACCUAGAUAUCCCGUAGCAGGAAUGAGUGUGUGUUCUCCUGACCCCGGCCGGCACUGCUCCUGUCCUGCUGGGAACACUGGCUCUGUCCCGAUGCAGAAUGUAUCCUACUGUGGAAAGCUUGUCUCAAAGACAGCCAUAUUAGUGUGCUUGGGUGGAUCUCACCCCAAAAUCAAAACACUUUAUCUGUUUGGUUUUUUACAGACAUACAUACAUACAUACAUACAUAAUAAUAAUAAUAAAAGCCCACUUUGGGACCAAUAAGAAUUUUUUGCAUUAUGAGAUGAUUUCAUUAGUGCUAGGCACAUUUACCCCCAAGUUCUCAUGACUGUAGAAAUAAUAACCUCACUCUUCUGCUCCAACAGAAUUUCACAUUGCUGUCCGACGUGUUAAAGUUCAGAUACAGAGAUGCUUGAAUAUCUUUAUGGUCCUGAAAUGAGGCUGGGCUUUGAUUUUGGGGUUUUAGGUGUUUGUUGAGAUGCACUCAUUGGUGGAGAUGUGUGUGAACAGUGUUAACGUGGGUGAUGGGCUCUGAUGGUGUGCUUGGUGUUCCCUUCUCUUCACUCGCUCUCGGCCUUACUGUGUCAUGCGCUGAACGUCCUCUGUUCUUCCCCUCUUCCUGAUCGAUGAAGGACACGGAGCAGAAAGCCUGAAAGACGUCGCUGUGCUCGGGCAGGGUGAAUGUUGCUGUAGAUUCCUGCAGCUCUGGAAAGAUUUUCACAGAACGAGGCAUUGGUUUGUUGUCAUUGGGUCAGCUCAUUCAAGCUGCUCACAUUCAAAGCCAGAAUGGUAUGCCUCUCAUUAGCAAUGGAGAAACAGUGAAGAUAAAUCCUUUGUUGGCAUCUAGUUUGAAAAUGUGUUUGAGAAUAAAACAGUUGGUGUUUCCAGCCGCAUUCAGUGUUAGCACUCUCAAAAGACUAACCACACAUUCUGCAAACGAGUCACUUCUGGUGUUUUAAUGCUUCCCCGAGCAGGAAGGCUUUAACAGUUUUAAUUGUUCCAUUUUGAAACCAGUACCAUCUUCUCUGUUGAACUAUUGAAUGGGUCUCUACAAGGCACCCUUGCAAACAACUUUUCUUCAAUCUUUUGGUGAGCUCUGCAGCUGCUUUCUUCCAGAAUAUGAUGCAUGUCAACACCUUUCACUGACUAUUUCUUGCACACUUUUAUUCAGUAUUGGGUCCAAUACAUGGCAUUAUAAAGUGUUUGAUGGCAGUACACAAACAGUAUCCCUUAAAAGUGCCCUCGACAAUGUAGAUGCUAUGUUUUUUUUUUCCUUUUUUGUCAAUGUUGUUGUUUUUAGAUUUCACGUUCAGUGCAGUUUGCAUUUAAAAUACGUUUCUGCACAUUGGAAUACACCUGUGUGCGGUUCAUAAUUACAUAUCAAACAUGGAUUUAUUGAUCUUUUUUGGAACUGGCGCAAAGAAUUCAAGUUGAAGAACCUAAAUAGGUUUCAAAUAUGGUUCCUCUUUCGUCCGACCAUGUUUUUUUUUGCAGAUUCAUAGCCCACCAAACUGAAUUGCCAUGUAUGAACCAAACAUUCACCCUGUUGAAUGCACAGGGCGGAAAUCAUGUUAUUAUAAUAUCUUGCCAAA